GGUCUCCCUUGACCUCUGACCCACCAGCAACCCUUGAGCUGGUCCCACUGGGUCGGGAAGCGGCACCCGUCCCCCUAAAGUGGAGCGUCCGCCAUGGCCAAGUACCUGGCCCAGAUCAUUGUGAUGGGUGUGCAGGUGGUGGGCAGAGCCUUUGCCAGGGCCCUGAGGCAGGAGUUUGCAGCCAGCCAGGCAGCCGCUGACGCUCGAGGGCGUGCUGGGCACCAGUCUGCAGCUGCAUCCAAUCUCUCUGGCCUCAGCCUCCAGGAAGCCCAGCAGAUUCUCAACGUCUCCAAGCUGAGCCCCGAGGAGGUCCAGAAGAAUUAUGAACACCUAUUUAAAGUGAAUGAUAAGUCCGUGGGUGGCUCUUUCUACCUGCAGUCAAAGGUUGUCCGUGCAAAGGAACGUCUAGAUGAGGAACUCCGAAUACAAGCCCAGGAAGACAGAGAGAAAGGGCAGAAGCCCAAAACGUGACUGCUGGGCUCUCCACACCCCAGCCAUUGCCUCAUAAUUUAUAGCCUAGUAAUAAAUGUCUUUUGCGUGUUUCUCCACUGC